GUUCCAAGGUGAGGAGGCAAAGAAAAGCUGCGAUUUCAGUGAAAAGAUCGAUCGGACUUGGAGAAGACGCGAGAGUAGAAGAGAAGAGAAGAGAAGAUGGUUGGUACGAAUCUGAAAGCGGAGACGAUGGCUCUAAUGGACAAGAGAGCAGCCAUGGAGACGGAGAUGAACUCUAUUGUCCAACGUCUCUGCAAUCCCGGCGGUCCUGGUCUCUCCGGCAAUCUCAUCGACUCUGAGGGAUUCCCGCGGGAAGAUAUUGACAUUCCGAUGGUGAGAGCUGACCGGCGUCGCCUUGCUGAGUUAAAGAGUGAGCACAGUGAGAUAACGGAAAAGAUAAAUGUGAACAUUCAAAUUCUUCAUUCAGUGAGGCCUACAUCUAGAGCUUCAUCUACAAAAGAUUCAGGUUCAGAAGAUUCAAGCUUGUCAGGUGCAGUGACUUCUUUAUCUGCCUCCAUGCAGACAUCUGGAUUCAGUGUUACUUCCCGACCCAUGGAAGUGGAUGUGCUUACUAGUAUUCCCUUUGCCAUGGUUGAUGAGAUAACCGAAUCAUCUCCAGCAGCAGAGGAUGGAUUACAGCUUGGAGAUCAGGUUGUGAAAUUUGGCAACGUGGGGGGUGGUGACAACCUGUUGCAAAGGCUUGCUGCUGAAGCUCAGUCUAACCAGGGACAAGCAGUUUCUAUUCAAGUAAUGAGGCAAGGUGCAAAAGUUGAUUUAUCUGUCACACCAAGGAUAUGGCAAGGCAGAGGUCUAUUGGGGUGUCAUUUUCGAUUGGUAUGAGCUGCACAUGCUUCCUUGGAUUAUCAUUUGGAGAUCUGGAUUUGGUGAAAGCUUCUGUCCUGCAGAGUUGGUGGUUGAUUAAGUAGGCUUGCAAGUGUUUGCAUAGCCUGCAAAGUAGAAUGACCUGUAUUUUUCAUCUUUGUAUGGAGAACCCAACUAAAAUAGUAUUUGGUCUGUACAAUUAAGAGGCUUCCUUUCUCACCCUUUUUCCUAACAAUGGUGUAUGAUUCCACCACCCAAAUCGAGAAUAGAGUUAAAGAUACUA